AUGCUGCUCAGAGGAUUACGAGCCUGUGCUGAACGUGCCUCGAAGCCGCGCACGACAAGCUUGGAUCGAAUUUCGAAGACCACCAAGGAAUUGUUGGAAAGAAGAAGGGCUUUGAGGCUUGAUCCGAAUGCAUCGCACAUUGAGCGGUUAGUAGCAAACACUAGCUGCAGAGAGGCGUUGCAGGAGGAUCUUUUGAAGUACAGGCAGAAGAAGAUUCUAGAAGCAGCACAAAGAAGAACGAGUCUAAAGAAGUGCCGCAGGGACCUCCGCGAAUAUAAUAUUCCGCUAGCAACCUUGCUGAGCGAAGACGGGACUCGCACGUCUUCUCGUCGUGAGAUGGAAAUCAUAACGGAGAGGUUCUACUCGAAUCUUUUCCGUUCAUCAACUCCUGUGUCAAGCCCGAUCAUCCCCACUGGCGAAGCUCCACCACGGAUUCUCCCUUCGGAAGUACGAGUCGCUAUCAAGAGCAUGAAACCUGGCACAGCCCCCGGACCUGAUUUUAUAUCAGCAGACUUUCUUCGGGCUGGUGGCCAUCCGCUUCAUGUAAUCUUAGCAGCGCACAUGACAUCCUACCUUCAGAGAGAAAGGAUCCCAGACCAGUGGAAGACCUCGCGAACCGUUCUUAUCCAUAAGAAAGGUGACCGAAAGGACCUUCGGAACUACCGUCCGAUAUGCUUGCUGAGCGUGUUAUACAAAGUAUUCACCAAGAUCAUCCUCACCCGCAUAUCUAGGACGCUGGAUGAAGCCCAGCCUCAAGAACAAGCUGGAUUCCGCCAGGGGUUCAGCUGCUUGGACCACAUCCAGACCGUGUCGAAGGUCAUAGAGGUUUGCCGGGAAUACCGCCUGCCCCUUGUUCUAACCUUCGUCGACUAUGAGAAAGCCUUUGACAGCGUAGAAACGAAUGCAAUACUGUCAGCGCUGGUCGACCAAGGUGUGGACGCGUCGUAUGUGAGGACAUUAGCCCAUUGCUACGAUCGAUGCACGACUAGGAUACAGCUUUUCCACCGCCUUCUCACCAUACCCAUUGGAGAGGGGGUACGACAAGGCGAUACUAUAUCGCCGAAGCUGUUCACAGCUGCAUUGCAAUGGAUAAUGAAAUCACUAUCCUGGGAGGAAAGGGGCAUACGUGUUGAUGGAAGAUUCCUUUCGAACCUUCGUUUCGCGGACGACAUCGUUCUCUUUUCGAGCAGUACCAAUGAAGCAGAAACGAUGCUCAACGAAACUCAACGAGAGAAUAGGACUACGAAUAACCAGAAAGAAGACACAGUUCAUGAAAAACGCCUACUGCGAGGACGGAGGAGUACAACUUGA